AUGGCGCAAUCUCUUCACCCUACGACUUCUGCUCGAUCUUCUCCGUCGCAGUCCGUGCAUACCUCCAGUCCUCCGCCGGCCUCUGUCGAGACUCUAGUGUCCUACCUGGUUGCCGCUAAACGAUCUCUGGGCAGCAUUCAUCUCGUCCACCGGGCUACCACCAUCCUCACCGAAGCACGUGCCUCCGUCGAGGCCACCACAGCUCUCCUCGCGAAAGCCACCUACCUUCGUCGCUCCUUGGCAUCUCAAUUGAAGAUUCUUCGUGGAGUUCAACUGGAACUAGAGACUGCGGCGCAGGGCAUCCAGCACGAGUUUCAGGCUGUGAUCAAAGAGCUGGAUGAGACCGGUGCAAGGCUGCUCCAAUCCAUAGAUAUGCUGAAGCAGACAAGAAUUGAAAAUGCUUUCAAACCUUCGACGGAAGGAGAGCUGGAGCAUGCCCCAGGUAAGGAGACCUUGCACGAUUUUGUGGACGACAACGGUGUCGAAACAAUCAAACACGCAAUGGAAAUUGCCAUAGACAAUGUACAGCAAGCGCAGAAUGAAAUGAACCACUCCAUUCAGACCCUGGAAGAGGACCUGCAAUCCAUCAAUGAAGUACUCAACGGCAGAGGGGACCUCUCUGGCACAGACAGUGAAUUACAGCAGCCUGCAACAAUUGCCAACAUCCUCACCUUAUUAGAGAACCACGCCCGGAUCAUGGCAGAGGAGCUGGAAAGUCUGGUCAAACACUUUGACUUGUGCGUUACAGCCAUCAAACACACGGAAGGAGGCGGCGAAGCCGUAUUCCAGACCAUGAAUACCGGGGAAGGAGUUGACCUCCAGGACACCGUUGGCCUGGGCAUGGACGACCUUCGCGCCCCGGCGCAACCCAUGAACGAAGAGGAACGCCUUGAGAUGCUACAGGUGCUCGAGAACGACGCUCAGGAAGUCGACGAAGUGGUCAUGGAACUUCAAGACCGCAAUGCCGAGAUGGAAGCAGAGCUCGACAAGAUCCAUCAAUGGUGUGAACGGCAAGAAAACAUCUAUGCGGAUGUAGCCACGGCAUUCAAGCUCCUGGAAAAGAUCUCAGGACGCCUGUCCGGGUAUGUAGCUGAGAUAGCGCGGCAAGCAUUGAAAUGGAACGAAGAAAAGGCCAAGAUUGAAGACGGCAUCGGCGGGAUGGAGGAUCUAUGCGAGUAUUAUGCCAAUUUUCUCCAUGCCUAUGACGGCUUGAUCGUCGAAGUUGCCCGACGAAGGACCGUCAAGAAACAGAUGGAAAGAGUGGUGGCGGAGGCGCACGCUCAGUUGGAGCAAAUGUACGACUCGGAUCGACAAUUGAGGCUAGAAUUCAAGAACGAUCUGGGCGAGUAUUUGCCCAGUGACAUUUGGAGUGGCGUGAAUAUGUUACCGCCCCGAUAUUCCAUCGCAAGGGCAGAUGAAGAAGAGGUUGGUAGUGUGCCAGAGUUGCCAAGAAGGACGGUGGAAGAGGCCUUGAGGAGGUUGAAGGUUGGCAGAGGUGGAAGAGGCACACGAUGA